CGGAUGAUCGGUUGCAUGUGGGUGACGAUUGCGUGUUGGUCGCCGUUGUUGAUGAUGAGAUUGGAGCUAAGAUCGGGAGGGGAUUGGUAGUUUUGCGUUGUGAUUUUUUAUGUUUGCUUGGUAAAUUUUUUGAUGCCGGGUAUAGCGAAAAAGAUCGUCCAUUUACGAGAGUUUUUUUGUGGGGGAAAGGAUUUGGGGAAGUGGUUGAGGUUCAAAUCGAUGGUCGGAUCGCUUUUCUCUAGUGGGGGUUCCUGUUUGGGUGAUGGGUUGUGGGUCUUUGGUACGGAAGAGGGGAAUUUACAACGAUCCGAGCAUCAGGUGAUGUAGAUACCCCUUCCUUUUUGCCACAUUCGAUUCCAUUCAAAAGCCGGUGAUGCUGGGAAAGUAGGUCGCCUCUUUAUUGCUGUUACCGGGGAGAUCAUACCCGGUUCGACUCCCUUCUUCCUUUUUCUGCGGAUUUGAUCGGCCAUCGGAUGUUUCGGUUUGAUCUUUUCCAAUCGUAAUCCGUGUUGUGAUUGCCAUGUUUCCCCUCGUUCUAUCGGGCGGCAUGAUCGAGGAACAUAAAGUGGGCAAGAAUUGCAUGGGGAGAGGAUGCCUGAGCUGCGAAGUGGAGCCCGGCAAGCUCGGCUGAAGUCCAAGAAGCUUGAGGAUCUUCCGAACCCGAAUAACCACGUCGAGAAUUUGAUAUUGCCUGCACCAAACAGAGGUGGGAGGCGGGGAGCUGGAAGAGGUAAUAAGGCUGCUGCAGCACCGAGAAAGGCAACUAGGGCAAGAGGCGGAGGUAGAGGUAGAGGCGUUGCGGUGAUCGACUUGGAUCCGGAUCAGCCUUGUGAAGUUCUACCGGGUGCCGGUGAUAAAAAAUUGGCAAUGGAUGGCGAAAGUGCCGAUAAACUCGUGGGAGCUGAGGAGGAACCGAGUACAGCUCCAGUCCCUGAGCGGGUUCAAAUAGGUAACUCUCCUGUAUAUAUAACUGAGAGAAAACUGGGCAAAGGUGGUUUUGGUCAGGUCUAUGUUGGGAGAAGAGUUUCUGGCGGAACAGAGCGCACUGGGCCAGAUGCCUUUGAGGUGGCGUUGAAAUUCGAGCAUCGAAAUAGUAAAGGUUGCAGCUAUGGUCCACCAUACGAGUGGCAAGUUUAUCACACUCUUAAUGGAUGUUAUGGAAUUCCAUCGGUUCACUACAAGGGUCGCCAAGGAGACUACUAUAUUCUUGUGAUGGAUAUGCUUGGGCCUAGCCUUUGGGAUGUUUGGAAUUCAGUAGGACAAGCGAUGUCAGCAAAUAUGGUGGCCUGCAUUGCUGUAGAAGCCAUAUCAAUUCUCGAGAAACUUCAUUCUAAGGGAUUUGUGCAUGGAGAUGUUAAGCCAGAAAACUUUCUUCUUGGUCAGCCUGGAUCAGUUGAUGAGAAAAAGCUUUUUUUAAUUGAUCUUGGUUUGGCAUCUAGAUGGAAGGAAGCAUCAUCAGGUCAACAUGUCGACUAUGAUCAGAGGCCAGAUAUUUUCAGGGGAACAAUAAGGUAUGCAAGUGUGCAUGCCCAUUUAGGCCGCACUGGGAGUAGGAGGGAUGAUUUAGAGUCACUGGCAUACACUCUGGUAUUCCUCAUUAGAGGAAGGUUGCCUUGGCAAGGCUAUCAGGGAGAUAACAAGAGUUUUCUUGUUUGUAAGAAGAAAAUGGCUACAUCCCCAGAGCUUUUGUGUGGGCUAUGUCCGGCUCCAUUCAAACAAUUCCUUGAGACUGUCACAAAUAUGAAGUUUGAUGAAGAACCAAACUAUUCUAAGCUUAUUUCCCUUUUUGACAGUUUGAUUGAACCGAACACUGCUCUUAGACCUAUCAGAAUUGAUGGAGCUUUAAAGGUUGGUCAGAAACGUGGAAGAUUGCUUGUAAAUCUUGAAGAGGAUGAGCAGCCUAGAAAGAAAGUUAGAUUAGGGAGUCCAGCGACGCAAUGGAUUUCGGUUUACAAUGCUAGGCGACCCAUGAAGCAGAGAUACCAUUAUAAUGUAGCUGAUGCAAGGCUUCAGCAACAUAUAGAAAAGGGUAAUGAAGAUGGGCUGUAUAUUAGUUGUGUGGCGUCAUCAACAAAUCUUUGGGCUCUCAUUAUGGAUGCAGGGACUGGUUUCAGCUCCCAAGUUUAUGAAUUGUCACCCGUAUUCCUGCAUAAGGAUUGGAUUAUGGAGCAAUGGGAGAAGAAUUAUUAUAUCACUGCCAUAGCUGGGGCAACCAAUGGAAGUUCGCUGGUGGUCAUGUCUAGAGGAACUUCAUAUACCCAACAAUCGUAUAAAGUCAGUGAGUCAUUUCCUUUCAAGUGGAUUAACAAAAAGUGGAAAGAAGGCUUUCAUGUCACAUCCAUGACUACUGCAGGAGGUCGUUGGGGUGUAGUCAUGUCGAGGAAUUCGGGCUACUCUGAACAGGUUGUAGAGUUAGAUUUUCUAUAUCCAAGUGAAGGUAUCCAUCGGCGAUGGGAGAGUGGUUACCGAAUAACUUCAACUGCAGCUACUUCUGAUCAGGCUGCUUUUAUCUUGAGCAUACCAAAAAGGAAGCCGCUGGAUGAGACACAAGAGACUCUUCGGACCUCGGCCUUUCCAAGCAACCAUGUGAAGGAAAAAUGGGCGAAGAAUCUUUACAUCGCUUCAAUCUGCUAUGGCCGGACGGUUUGUUGAUUGUCGGCUAUAUAAAUACUUGCCAAUCUGUGGAAGUUAUUUGCAAAAGUCCUAAUUUUUGAAAGAUCAGAGGAGGCUUAUUCGAUUCGCAACAUUGCGUAUGUGAGUUCACAUUUCAGGUUACUACAUUCCGCCAUAGAUUAUGGGGUAAAAGAGUGGCACCGAUGUCUCCCUGAUCCUGUUGUCUCUGUAUAAAAAGAAAAAAAAAACAAAAAUGUUGGGUAUAUUGUGCCUUUUAGGCAUACCUUAACAGUUAAUGAGGCUGUUGCUCAGCAUAUAUUUAUGUUCUUUUUAAUUUGCUAUCUCA